AUGGCGGACUUCUCCCACAAGACUGACGGGCCAUCGCCCCUCUCAGACGAAGGCUACGAUGAAUCCCUCCUCCCAGACUUCCACCGCGAUUUCCUCUCCGAGGUGCACCUCCAAGCCUUCGCCAGCGCGCUCUCUGCCCCUGAUCCAAGCCCCUCCACCGACGACCUACUCUCUCCCACCCCGUCUGGCAGCUUUCAUGAAAGCGGACUUGGACAUGGCGUCACAGGAGCUCGGAGUCCCAGCAUGGGGCGCAGUAGUACGGACAGUGCUCGCAGUAAAGGCGACGGAGCCCGCAGUCGUGAAAGCCUCUUCAUCACCGCCCAGAACGACUGGGCGCCUGUGAACCCUGUCCGGCAGAGCAGCAGCAAAAGCAAGAAAACCAAAGCAGGCAGUAAGAGCCGGCGGAAAAAGCAGCGGAGCAGCGAUGAGACGCGAGAAGGCUACUUAUACACAUUAUUGAAGUGGCCUUUACUAUGUAUCGUCAUUGCAUGGGUUUCAGGGUUAGGAAUCAGUUAUUUGUGGACACGGCUGUAUAUUUGGCUUUAUGAGCACUUUGUGGCGUGGAGGGGGAAGAGAGAACGUCUGAGGAGGAAGUUGCAUGCUACGACUAAUUACGCGGAUUGGGUUAAGGAGGCCAAAGAGUUGGAUACAUUUCUGGGAAACGAGAAGUGGAAGGAGGAUGAUGAAUAUGCAUAUUAUGACCACAAGACUGUCAAGAGGGUGCUGGACCAGAUGAGAAGGUGUAGAAGGAGGAUCGAAGGCUCGAGUAACGGCAGUGCUAGUUCUGGCGGCGAAGAAAAGGCAGUUGAGGAUCUCAAAGCUCUGGUGGAAGCGUGUGUGAAGAAUAAUUUCGUGGGCGUGGAAAACUCGAGGUUGUAUUCGCAGACGUACUAUGGAACGAAAAAUCUGGUCCAGGACUUUAUUGACGAGGUGGAGAAAGGUGUUACUAUAUUGGUUAAUACGAACCAGUUGGACGCAGAGGAAAAGCGGACCCUGUUCAAGCGCAUGCAUACCAACUUUGGUCGGACAGCACUAUGCCUCUCUGGAGGAGCCUCGUUUGCUUAUUACCAUUUUGGUGUUUGUAAAGCGUUACUGGAUGCCAAUCUUCUACCGGAAGUCAUUACUGGCACAUCAGGCGGUGCUUUGGUUGCUGCUCUGAUUGCGACUAGGACAAAUGAGGAACUGAAAAAGCUCCUUGUGCCGGCUCUUGCUGGCAGAAUCAAUGCCUGCUCGGAAGGCUUUACUACAUGGGCUCCGAGAUGGUGGAAGACGGGUGCUAGAUUCGACUCGCUGGAGUGGGCGAAGAAGUGCAGUUGGUUCACAAGAGGCAGCAUGACUUUCAGAGAGGCAUAUGAAAGGACUGGAAGGAUAUUGAAUGUAUCUUGCGUCCCGGCAGAUCCGCACUCGCCUACAAUCCUCACAAAUUACUUGACUUCACCAGACUGCGUAAUCUGGUCCGCGGUUCUCGCAUCCGCGGCUGUGCCAGGUAUCCUCAAUCCUGUCGUCUUAAUGAUGAAAACACGCACCGGAACACUAACCCCUUACUCCUUUGGCCACAAAUGGAAAGACGGCAGUCUUCGCACCGACAUUCCUCUCAAGGCUUUGAAUCUGCACUUCAAUGUCAACUUCUCCAUCGUCUCCCAAGUAAACCCACACAUCAAUCUAUUUUUCUUCUCGUCACGCGGCUCUGUUGGUCAACCCGUAACCCAUCGUCGUGGUCGCGGCUGGCGCGGAGGUUUCCUCGGCUCCGCGACUGAGCAGUACCUCAAGCUUGACUUGAACAAAUGGCUUAAAGUCCUCCGGCAUCUGGAGCUACUUCCUCGCCCUCUGGGUCAGGACUGGAGCGAGAUCUGGCUGCAGCAAUUCUCGGGCACGAUCACCAUCUGGCCACGUACCGUCGUCUCGGAUUUCUGGCGUAUCCUCUCAGAUCCUAAUCCUAAACAGCUGGGCCGCAUGUUACACGUGGGACAACAGAGCGCUUUUCCCAAGUUGAAGUUUCUGGCAAAUAGGAUGAAGGUGGAGAGAAUGAUUGAGAGGGGUAGGAGGGAGACGAGAGUUGGUGUUAGGAGAGGUAGUAUUGAGAGCAUCUUGAGCGAGGAUGAUAUGAGGAGUCUUUUGCUGAAGGGUGAGGGCGAGGUUACAGGCACAGAAGAUGAAGAUGGGAUUGAGACUGAUGUGGACGUUGGGACAACCGGGGAAGACACAGAUGAGGAGGAGAAGGAUGGCUUGCUGUUGGAUUUGAAGGCCGCCAUAUGA